AUGGACGAGGAUGCGGCCACGUCCUCGGACCGCAGCCUCGCCGCCCCCCCAGAUGUGGAGUGCGCCGUGUGUGUGGGCGUGAAGCGCAGAGCGCAGCAGGCCUGUUUGGAGUGCGUGGCUUCGUACUGUGAGACCCACCUCGACCUGCACAACACCCUGCACGCGUGGAAGAGGCACAAGCUGGUGGAGCCGGGCUGCCUGCAAGAGAGGAUCUGCCCCGAACACGACAAACCGCUGCAGGUUUUCUGCCGCACGGACCAGCUGUGCGUCUGUUACCUGUGCCUCGCUGACAAACAUAAGGGCCACGAGGUCGUCACCAUCGAGGAGGAAGUGGCAGAGACGCAGACCAGGCUCGGGGCGGAACGGCGGGAGUGUGUUGAACGGAUUACAAAUAGGGAACAGGACGUGCAGGAACUAACGCAGGUGCUCGAGGCGUUCCAGGCCUCGGCAGAGGAGGCGAUGGAGAGGAGUGAGGGGGCAUUUGCGGAGCUGAUGCUCUCCAUGGAGGGGAGGCGGCGCGCCGUGACGGAGCUGAUCCGUGAGAAGGAGGAGGCCGUGGUGAAGGAGGCCAGGGAGCUCGUAGAGAGAGUGCGGCAGGAGAUCACCGAUCUGAAGAACACAGCCGCCGAUCUAGAGCGCCUCCAGACGCUGUCGCACACGAACGAUGACAUCGGGUUUCUUCAGGGGGGUUUGGCUUCCACGGCCCUUCCCAAGACUGCCGCUUCCGGCGUGCUCCUGGUCCAGCCGCACUUUUCAUGUCAGCUCGCCUCAGAAGCCGUCGCAGGCCUCGUCAAAGAGCUGAGGCUCGUGUGUGAGACGCACUUCACCACGAUCGCUGGAAAAGUUAAGGAAGCCGGAAUUCUGGUGUCACCAGCUCAGAAGAUGCGGGAGGACUUCUUACAGGACGCGUGCACGCUCACACUGAACCCCAACACGGCCCACGUGUUCCUCGGCCUGUCCAAGGACAACAGAGAGGUAACAGCUGUACCCUUGCGGGUGGACCGUGCUGACCACCCGGAGCGGUUCGACUGCAGAGCGCAGGUCCUGUGCAGACAGAGCCUGCACGGCAGGCCGUUCUACUGGGAGCUGGAGUACAGAGGGAAGAGCUGGGUGUGCAUCUCCGUGUCUUACGCCGCCAUCUACAGGAAGGGCAAGCGUGGGCCGCUCUUCGGCCGCAACCCCUACUCCUGGGGCUUGCGCUGUCACUUAACGUCCUACGAGUUCUGGCACAACAAUAAGAAAAUGCCAGUCAGCUACGACCGGCAGUGCUCCAGGAUAGGAGUGUACCUGGAUCACGGGGCCGGAGUUCUGGCCUUCUACAACAUCACAGACAACAUGAGUCUCAUCCACAAGGUCCAGACGAGGUUUACAAAACCGGUCUAUGCCGGGUUCGGACUUGCGGGGAAAGGCACUCAUGUCAAACUCUGCGAUUUAGGCUCCAAAGACGAGACCACGACUGAGGAAGACUAUUUCUCUGACUCCAGCAGUGGACUAAGCAGUGGAGAGAGUUGUUCGACUUGA